UUAGAAUACUUGUAUAAAAUUUGAGAGGAGAGGAGGUGAAGCUGAUUAUGUUGAUUUAAAAAAUGAAAGAGGAGAAGGGUAAGGAGGGGAAAAGGGUUUUUGAAUUGUAAUUUUGGGGGAGGGAAAUUGGGAAUUCUUCAAAGUUUUUGAAGCUUCUUUCAAUGUUCUGCAUUAUAAUAGAAAGAGUUUAUCGAAAGCUUAGCCACCGGGCCUGCGAACUUCUGACAGUUAUUGCUAGGCGCUUUCGCUCACCAUAUACAGGAACUCUACCACUAAAUCACCGGAGCAACGACUAAUGCUUUCUCUUUUACGUGUCACGACACUUGCAGAUAUGACAUUUGCAGACCCGACACUUGCAGACCCGACUUUUGCAGACCCGACAUUUGCAGAUACCGACACUUGCAGAUAUGACACUUGCAGAUCAGACAUUUGCAGAUCCGACUUUUGCAGAUUAGACCCAUUUCGCUCUCUUCUUUACCUUACCUAUACACCGUGGAGUGUUUGCUGCUGCGGAGGAAUCCUGGGAUGCCCAUAUCAUCGAUGA